AUGGUGCGGCAUAUGAAGAACUCCCGGAAGAGUCGCUAUCUGCAGGUCGGUAUUGCAGUAAUCUACUGUUUUCUCGCUGCGGGCGUUGUCUUUGGUUUCGCGGCACUGAAGCCGGUGUUAAUUCGAGAAGGCGUUUACCACAGUAUGUGCUCGCAAGAGGAGCUAAAUGAACGCCAAGAUGUGUGCUAUGCACAAGAACUUCGCCUCAACCUGAUGUUCACCAUAGCCGCCGUGGCGACCAACGUAUCUGCCCUUCCAAUCGGAACUAUUCUAGACACGUACGGCCCGCGCGUGUGUGGUAUAAUAGGAAGCGGUUUCCUUUCUCUUGGCGCUAUACUUUUUGGACUCUCAAGCAGCAUUGGCUUCGACGGAUACAUCCCAGGAUAUCUUUUCUUGUCCUUGGGCGGGCCGUUCAUAUUCAUUUCAUCCUUCCAUCUUUCGAACACAUUCCCUACCCGCUCGGGGUCGAUUCUGUCCAUGCUCACAGGCGCAUUUGAUGCCUCCAGCGCACUGUUCUUAAUUUUUCGUUUGGUCAACGAGAACACAAACGGCCGGUUUACAACCGGGAAAUUCUUCCUAGCUUACCUCAUUGUUCCAGUAUUUAUACUAGUCGCACAGCUUACCAUCAUGCCAGCAACGUCUUAUAAAACCGCUGGAGAGCUGGUUCAGCAAGCAGAAGCCGAGAUUUCCGCCGAAGCGAACGACAGGGUGGACGACGAUAUCUCAGAUCGAAAUGAAGGCGAACGGCAACGGAAUGACCGUCGCGUUCAGCGCCAAGAUAUUGUCAACAAGAUCCAGGACCUCCUCACAGACACAGGACCUGAACACACAUCUAGAACUGAAGAACCAGUACUCAGAGCCAACGGAGGCGAACCAGAUACCUCAUCAGCAACAAAGCCCCAGAACACCACCGGCGGCGUCUGGGGUGCAAUGCACGGCUGCUCGGCUCUACGACAAGUUCGAUCCCCAUGGUUCGUUCUCAUCACACUUUUCACUGUCCUCCAGAUGCUUCGAAUCAACUACUUCGUGGCCUCAAUGCGCCAGCAGUACGAAUACCUGUUCGGGUCGCCUGAACAAGCCCGCAAGAUCAACGAACUAUUUGAUUUCUUUCUUCCCCUUGGCGGUCUUGUUUCCGUGCCGUUCAUUGGCGCUAUCCUCGAUAACGCAAGUACCCCCUUUGUGCUCCUCGUGCUCGUAUCAACCGCAACCGUGAUCGGUGUUCUCGGUUGCAUUCCCCUUAGUAUUGAAGCCGGAUACACCAACAUCGCCAUCUUCGCCAUAUAUCGCCCGUUCUACUACACCGCUGUGUCGGACUACGCAGCCAAGGUAUUCGGCUUCCAGACAUUCGGGAAGGUCUAUGGGCUCAUCAUCUGUCUAUCGGGUUUGGGUAAUUUCGCACAAGCAGGUCUUGACGCCCUCACCUUUAAGGUAUUUCACCGCAAUCCAAUUCCUGUAAAUGCUAUCCUCACUCUCGUGACCUGUUUGGUCGGCAUCGGAUUGGUCUGCCCAGCAGGUAAUGUGACUAUCCCGUGCUGUUUGCAUAAGCGUGGCCACAUACCAGUCUCGAUCUGCAGUGCCCUCAGCCGCAAUGCCACCCAGGGCUAA